AUGGCUUCCAGCCAAUCUAUUGCCACCGUGUACGUGCGGAACCUGGAGGAGCGCGUGAAGCCGGAGCCGCUGCGCGCGGCGCUGAGCGCGGUCUUCUCGGAGUACGGGACGGUGAUCGACAUCGUGGCGAAGCAGAACCUGCGCGCCAAGGGCCAGGCGUUCGUCGUCUUCGACCGCCCCGAGGCCGCCCUCCACGCCGUCGACGAGGUCCAGGGCUUCGAGCUCUUCGACAAGCCCAUGCACGUCGCCCUCGCCCGCACCCGCAGCGACGCCACCGUUAAGCGCUCCGGCAACCGCGACGAGUUCGAGCUGCACCAGCGCCGGCGGCUGGCCGAGAAGGACAAGAAGAAGGCGGCCGAGGCAGCCGAGGAGCAGAAGCGACUGAAGCGUCCGGGCGCGGGCGGGGACGCGAACCUGCGGCCGACGAAGGCGGCGCGCGGCGCGGGGCUCAGCACGGGUCUGAAAGCGACGUCGGGGGCAGCGGGCGCCGGCGGCGCGGCCGGCGGUGCUGGCGCGGCGGGGGCGAACGCGGUGGUGCCGGACGAGUACCUGCCGCCGAACAAGAUUCUGUUCGUGCGGGACCUGCCGGAGGACUACGACAUCGAGGCGCUGACGGGCGUGUUCGGCCGCUUCGAGGGCUUCCGCGAGGUCCGCCUCGUCCCCGGCCGCAAGGGCAUCGCCUUCAUCGAGUACGAGGCCGAGGCCGGCGCCAUCACCGCCAAGGAGAACACCGCCGGCCUCGCCCUCGGCGGCGGCGCCGACGGCGGCCCCCCCGCCAAGGUCAUCAAGGUCACGUACCAGCGGCAGUAG